CGUCAUUCCACUCGACCGUCAGGGAACCUCUCUAUAAGCUAUUUCGGUUUGGUUUUUUUUCCCCGCGAUGGAAGGUCCACAGUUCCCGAACUAGACAGUAUCCCCUGGAGAAGCUGUCAGACCUUCUGGCCGCAGUUGAAGUCCAGUCUGCAAGUGGGGUUUCCUUACCAGGAGCCCUUGGCCUCUGCGGGCACCAACAUGUCCGUGUUACCAAAGGAGGAGCAGGGAGCGUGGUCUCCUGCAAUGUCAUGGAAGGAAAAGGGAUGCAUUGCUCUUUUUCCGGCUGCAAGCAAGUCUUUUGGGACAUGCAAGAGCUAAUGAGGCACGCGGGAAGCCACUACAUUGCCACGCAGUCCUUGCAGGGUAAACUGUUCCAUUGCUCCACUCUGAGGUGCACAGGGACCUUUCCCAGCAUGCAACAGCUCAUGGAUCAUAUGCGUCAACAUUACAAACCCAAUCGCUACUUCAUAUGUGAAAACUGCAAAGUGCAUUUGCGCACACACCGGGCCCUUUUCAAGCAUCUCCACAUCUGCUCCAAGGUUGUCAAAAACAAAGCAGCUCACAAGCUGGAGAAGCCUAAACCAGCCACUCUGCCUGCCACAGAGCUCUCCAAACCGCAGGUCAAACGAGCUGCCCCCGAGCUGCCCAAACUGCAGAGUGUCAUCCAACAUCUUGAGAAGCUGGUGCCCUCGAGCCUGGCUUCGGCUCCCUCCCAGCCCCAGGCCUCCAAGGCUGCCCCCUCCAUCUCCAACAGCCUGCCCAGCGUCCACAGCUCUCUUAGCUCUGUACCCCUGGUCUCUCCGAGUCCGCACCCCUUCCAGCUGCUCGAACCGUCCCAGUUCGGACCCUCACCCCUGCGCUUUGCUGGCCAGUCGCACGGCGCCUCCAUGCCUGGCCAUUUCCUGCCCUACGUGCACCCCACUUCCUACUCCUUACCCCAGUCUGUCGUACAGCAGCGCCUCGGGCCGUUUGUCCCCAACCAAGCUGGGCUUCCCGCCUCCAACGCUGUGUGGAAGAAAAACCAAGGCCAGUCCUUCAACAGUCGCAUUGUGUGGGAGCACACUAGAGGGCGCUAUAACUGCCUACAGUGCUUGCACUCCACCCCAUCCCGCGAGGAGAUGACACUGCACAUCGAGGAGCAGCACAAGGGUCCUGUCAACCGGAUGCAAGGAGACAUGGAUUUUGAUGUCGGACUCACGUCCUUCCACUCGAAAUUGACGUCAGAAAUGGAGAGCUCCCUCUUUUCACAUCUCUGAUGGUUUUUUACUGGGUGGGUGGGUUUGUGGGGUUUGAUGUAAAAAUGGUGAGGAGAUUUACAGAGGAUGAUCUGGUUUGUCAACUCCAUUCCUCUGGUACCUUUUUAAUUCAGUUUUU